AACACACUUCCGAUUGGUCAAAACUUCUUCUUUUAGCUCAAAUUUCUGAUAUAAUUCCCAGAAAGAAAAUAUUUCCAGAGAGAAAAAUGAAACACUGUGAUUACUUUCAGAAAUCGCUUCCCAACGAUAUUGCCCUCAAAAUCGCUUCUUCACUUCAGGGUUUGGAACUGUGUUCACUGGGUAGUUGUUCUCGUUUUUGGAGGGAGCUAUGCAAGUCUGAUUGCUUAUGGGAAUCUCUAGCUAAAGAAAGAUGGCCUUUUUUGGGUUCUCUUCAACUCCAACCCUCCUCUUCUUCCUCUGCUCCUUAUAUCCCUAAUUUCCAGGGAUGGAGGGCCUUAUACAUCCAGAGACACAAUGAAAUGGCGGGUAGAGCUAUGGAGGUAUUGAAAUUCGUGGAGCAACGUUCUUUAUCUGGUUCUCUUGGAGUUGGGGACUAUUUGAAAGCAAUUGAAGAUUUGCACGUAAUGCAAUUUGGGUUUAAAGAUGUUGAAUUGUUGCUUUUCAAACCAAAGCUUAAUCCUUUAUUUAACUUGGUCGGUUUGCAUUACUGCAUAAAUUGGCUUCGAGUACCGGCUGAGUAUGUACUUGAAUCACUUGAGUGCUGUAAGAUCUCAGAUAGGGAAGUGUGUGUGAAGUGGUGGAAGCUUGGAAGAUGGUUCUAUGGCUUUCGCAUGCGCGAUGAGUCGCGUUUUCGCAUUUUCUGUAUGGCAGAUUUUGCAAUGGCUAAGGAAGAAGAGGUUCUUGCAGUGCUCCAUCGCGGUGCCAUUCAUGAGGUAAUACGGGUUCAGAUUUCCAUUGUUGAUUCUUCAGACAUUCCCUGGUAUCAUCAGAACACUCAGAAACAGGGUUAAGUAAGUGGCCUAUUAGUUAUGCAUGCAUCUGCAUAGCUUUGUUGUUUAUUAAUUGAUUUUAUGUACAUUUGUAUUGUUGUAUAUAUAUAAAUAUAAACGCUAUGAAUACAAGCCUGUGUAUCAAUAAACCAAAUAUACUUGUAUAGUAUUUUCACUGAAGAGGUCAAUGGCUUCUUUAUUCUGAUUGCAAGCUUCCUCUUCCAAGCUUAUAUUGUAACAAUUAGGGAAUAAAAUGUAUCAGUUUGUAUGCUAUGUUGUUAUCUAAAAUAAAAAUUAUGAACUCUGUCAA